UAUUCUAUAGGUGAGCUUAAGAAACUGGUGACUAUCCAUUUGGACCACAACAGCAUGUCUGGGGAGCUUCCACCAACGUUGAGCAACUGCACGAGUCUCAUAACCAUUGACUUCAGUAGCAACAAUUUCAGUGGAGGACUCAAAGAGGUUAACUUCUCCAACUUACCUAAUCUAAAAACCAUAGAUCUUAUGCUAAAUAACUUCAGUGGCACAAUUCCAAAAAGCAUCUACUCAUGCAUCAAUCUAACUGCACUGCGGCUAUCUUCAAAUAAGUUCCAUGGCCAGUUGUCAGAAAGAAUAGGCAAUCUGAAGUCCCUGGCAUUCUUAUCGCUUGUUGACAAUUCCCUUACAAAUAUCACAAGUGCACUUCAGAUCCUUAGCAGUUGCAGGAACUUGACCACCUUGCUAAUAGGGACGAACUUCAAGAACGAGGCCAUGCCAAAGGAUGACGCAAUUGAUGGUUUUUGGAAUCUUCGGGUUCUUUUCUUAAAUGAUUGUUCAUUAUCUGGGAACAUACCUCUUUGGUUAUCCAAGCUCACAAAUUUGGAGAUGCUACUAUUAUAUAACAAUGAACUAACCGGACCAAUACCAGACUGGAUCAACAGCCUAAUUUUCCUCUUCCAUAUAAACAUGUAUAACAACAGCCUUACAGGGGAAAUUCCAACAGCCUUAAUGAGCAUGCCAAUGCUAGAGAAGGACAAGGUUGCACCAAAGCCCUUUGAGCUGCCUAUUUACACCCGAUCGCGUCAAUACCGCAUGGUCAGCUCUUUCCCCAAAGCGAUGAAUCUGGGAGGGAAUAACUUCACUGGUGUGAUUCCCAAAGAGAUUGGUCACCUGAAAGCUCUCCUUUCACUCAACUUGAGCUCCAAUAAAUUAACAGGAGUUAUCCCACAUUCAAUCUGCAAACUCAUAAACAUCCAGGUGCUGGACUUGUCAGGCAGCCAUCUAACAGAUGGAAUCCCUUCAGAACUAAACAACCUGCACUACCUUUCUGCGUUCAACGUCUCAAAUAAUGACCUGGAAGGGCCUAUCCCAAUCAUCGGCCAGCUUAGCACAUUCACGAGUUCUAGCUUUGUUGGGAAUCCAAGGUUGUGUUGUUCUAUGCUUGCUCAUCAAUGCGGUUCAACAGAAGAGAUUUUCACCACAAAAGUGAGGAUACAAACAUACGAGAAAAUCACUUUUGCUAUUGCCUUUUGUGCAUUCUUUAGUGUAGGAGUGUUGUAUGAUCAGAUAGUAUUAUCAAGGUUUUUUGGUUAG